CCAGGACACCAGGCCCAGCCUGCGGGACAGGGACAGGCAAGCCCCUGCCUCCUGGGCAGUCCCUGCAGCUCACAGCCCCAUUGCCAUGAGAUCCCUCUGGGGCUGCACUGAGAGUUGGGGGGGAGCUCGUGUGCCACCUCCCCAAAGUCCUCAGGUCCCUGCUGGGGAGCCUUGUGCCCUACCUUAGCCUGACCCUGUCGCCCUUAGCUUGGGGGCCCCUGGCGUGGGGACCACACAGCAGCAGCAGUGGGUCUGAACGGGGCCGGCGUCCAAGAAGACCCUGAGGGGCCACCAGCCUGCCCACCAGAGCUAGGGCAUCUGGGCCUCCCCCAGCUGGCCAGAGUGCACAGGGCCGGGGUGGGACACCCCCGUGGCACAGACCUGCAUGAUGGGGCAUGUGUGUGGUGCCAGCUGCCUUUACCUGGACAACAGGCCCUGCUGUGGUCUGAGCUGGCCAUCUGGUGUGCCCAGCUAGAGGGCAGCAGGGCUGGAGUCGCCCAUCUGCUCCUGCCUGGGCCCGGCCGGAGGCAGGUAUUCUGGGAGCCCUGUCCAGCCCUGCAGCCUGGCGGGGAUCGGGGCUCUUCCGGCACCCUACCCGAGGCCCUCCCCGGCCACCAGCUGCCAGAGCAGGUGUCCUGGAGGCGGGGCUCGCAUAACGGCGGGCUUCUCUGGGGCACGGACCCUUGUCCAGAUCCUGAGGCUGGUAUUUGGGGAGGCUAGAGCACCCUGUGCUCAGCACACGCCCGGGUUACAGCCAGCCUGGAGCAUUCCGUCCUCGGUGCCCUGCCACAGCCGCCACCAAGUGCGGCCCCUUUAAGUGCCACCCCGUCGGCCGCCAUUGGAGGCAGCACUGAGCGGCCAGGCCGGGGCCAGCGCCGCUGCCUCGAAGCUUCUGCUGGUGCUGGGGACUCAGCGGUGCCCGGACCCGGUGGAGCUGGCUUGGGGUUGCACAGCCCACCCGAGUUGGGCAGGUGGAACAAGGCCCAGCUAGGUUUCUCCUGCAGGUGCCUCUGACUUUGAUGUCAUGGACCAGGCACCGGCGAUCACCGCUGAGGCCUGCAGCCAGGGCUGCUGCACCGCCAUCACCCCAGGGCAAGAGCCCCGAAAGGCCGUGUGACUGGAGCCGCCAGCCUGGGGACGUAUUUUAAGAUGACCCGCACGGACCCGCCGGAUCUGCUGGUGUCGACCGUGUACCAGGACAUCAAGGUGGCGGCCCCCGGGCCCGAGUCCAGGCGCCGGCCAUGUGAGCGCCCCGUGGCCCGGCCUGCUGCGCCCGCGCCCUUCAACAAGCGCCACUGCCGCAGCUUCGACUUCCUAGAGGCGCUGGACGCGCCGGCCAUGGAGGCCCGGCCCAAGCUGCCACCCCCUGAGCCUGCCCCGCCUCGGGCCCGGCCCCGCGACGGCGAGCCGCGGCGCCGCGCGCGCUCCAAGAGCGCACCCCGCGUGUCCCCGGGCCUAGCCCCUGCACCCGCCUCGCCGCCCGUGCUGCAGCGCCGCGCCCGGGACGCCCAGCGCGCGGCGGGGGCCGAGGGGUCGCCGCGUCGGGAGUCCGGGUAUCCUGCGAUGCGCGCACUCGCCAACGAGCUGCACCCCAUCAAGCUGCAGCCACAACGGGGCGGCCCCGGCCGAAUCGCGCCCCUGUGCGCCGCCCCCGGCCGCUGCGCACCCCCUGAGCCGCCCGCGGGGCCCGCACCCCACGUCCGCUGCCGCCUGGACAUCAAGCCCGAUGACUCGGUGCUGCAGCACGCGGCCCGGGGCUCACGGCCUUUCGGGCCCGCCGAGGCCACGCCCUGGCCCCGCGCUGCUCCGCAACUUCACGGCCUCACGGUGCCCGGGCCUCGCCACGUGGCGCUGUCGCGCACCCCCACCCCCACCGACUCCUACUGCGCGGACCUCCGCGCGCUCUACUGCGACGGGCCGCUGCCCGGGCCCCGGGACCACGGCGAGCGCCGCGGUCAGCUCUUCACUGCACCCCCGGGCCCCACUCAGUUCUUCUACACCGAGGAGCCCGAGGGCUUCGGGGGGGGCUUUGCGGGCAGCCCCGCACCCCCCUUUGAGGGCUACUGCCCCCGGCCCUACACAGCUGAGCAGCUCCCCGGGCCCGGUCCAGGCCGCGGGGGCGGCUACUACGCGGGGGAAGUGGGAACCUUCCCGAUUCAGGAGCCGCCCUCCCGCUCCUAUUAUGGGGAGGCCCCCAGAGCCUACGGCCUGCCCUUCGGUCCCUGUUACGUCCCCGAUGAGCCCCGGGCGCGCCCCGCCACCCGCCCCUUCUACACCGAGGACUUCGGGCGGUACCGCGAGCGUGACGUCCUAGCUCGGACCUACCCACACCCGCGCAGCAGCCCGGCCUGGGCCGACUGGGGCCCGCGCCCGUACCGCACGCUGCAGGUGGCGCCUCCCCCCGCGCCCGGUCCGCUGCUGGCCUCGUGGCAUGGCGGCACCGGCACCAGCCCGCCCCGCCUGGCCACCGACAGCCGCCACUACUCGCGCUCCUGGGACAAUAUCCUGGCGCCCUGCCGGCGUCGCGAGGACCCUCUGGGCCGCGGCCGCAGCUAUGAGAACCUGCUGGGGCGCGAGGGACGGGAGCCGCGGGGCGCAUCCCCCGAGAGUCGGCGCCCUCCGGUCGUGGUGAACCUCUCCACCUCGCCCAGGCGCUACGCGGCGCUGUCGCUGUCCGAGACGUCGCUAUCGGACAAAGGCCGUGCCGGAGAGGGCCCGGGCCGCAACUGGUACGUGACGCCCGAGAUCACCAUCACGGACAACGACCUGCGCUCCGUAGAGCGCCCGGCCGCCAGGGGCUGGGAGCUGCCCUCGGGCCGCGCGCGUCCUCCCGCUCCCGCCGCGCCCGAGCCCGCCUCCGGCCGCCAGCGCAGCCUGGAGCAGCUGGACGAGCUCAUCACCGACCUGGUCAUCGACUCCCGGCCCGCGGCGGGCCAAGCCCCGGAACCCGCGCCCAGCGGCCUGGGCCGCCCGUUGCGCCGCAGCCUGCUGGACUCGAGGCCCGCGGGCCCCAGGGCCCCCGCGCUGGUGCCGCCGCGCUCACCCCCCGCGUCGGCCGGCAGCGUCGAGGAACCGCCCGGCUCGGGUGAGGCGGCUGACGCGUCUCCCGAACCCAGCGCGGACGAAGACGACCUGAUGACCUGCUCGAACGCGCGCUGCCGGCGCACAGAGACCAUGUUCAACGCCUGCCUCUACUUCAAGUCGUGCCACAGCUGCUACACCUACUACUGCUCGCGCCUGUGCCGCCGCGAGGACUGGGACGCGCACAAGGCGCGCUGCGUGUACGGCCGCGUGGGCAGCGUGUGCCGCCACGUGCUGCAGUUCUGCCGCGACAGCGGCCCGGUGCACCGCGCCUUCUCGCGCAUCGCACGUGUGGGCUUCCUGUCGCGCGGCCGCGGCGUGCUGUUCCUGGGCUUCCCGAGCCCGGGCUCGGCCGACAACUUCCUGCGCUUUGGCCUCGAGGGGCUUCUGCUGUCGCCCACCUACCUGUCGCUGCGCGAGCUGGCGACGCACGCAGCGCCGCUGGGCAGCUACGCGCGGGAGCUGGCGGCCGCCGGGCGGCUCUACGAACCGGCUGAGUGCUUCCUGCUCAGCGUGUCGGUGGCGGUGGGCCCCGGCACGGGAGCCUCCCAGCCCGCUCCUGCGCCGCGCAGCCCCGGGCCCACGGUGCGUAAAUUCGCCAAGGUGGCACUGGCAGCCGGCAGCCCGGCGCGGCCGCCCCCCGCGCGCACACGCGAGCCGGACAUGGAGACGCUGAUCCUGACGCCGCCGCCGGGCACCGCCGGCCUGGACCAGGAGGGCGAGGCGGGCCGGCGCGCGCGCGAGGUGGCUUUCAUCCACAUCCAGCGCGAGCUGCGGCUGCGCGGCGUCUUCCUGCGCCACGAGUUCCCGCGCGUCUACGAACAGCUGUGCGAGUUUGUCGAGGCCAACCGGCGCUUCACGCCCACCACCAUCUACCCCACGGACCGCCGCACCGGCCGCCCUUUCAUGUGCAUGAUCAUGGCCGCGUCCGAGCCGCGCGCGCUCGACUGGGUGGCCAGCGCCAACCUGCUGGAUGACAUCAUGUGAGCCCCAGGCCCCGGGCCAGGCUGGCUCCAGCCGAGCCCCUCCUUCGACCCCCGCCCCCCAUUCCGAGCCCCGCCCAUCCCGCACU